AUGCACAAGGAAACAGUGGGUCGGCCUUUGAGCUCCUUCGCUGUGAGCUGGAAACCAUUGCAACAAACGGUGAGUGACGGUUCUCCUCAAGGACGGAAGAGGAACCAGAAAAAAAAAAAAGUACCUGUAUUGAAGGAUAGCGGAAACUUGAUUCAGCAGAGAGCAGAGAGCACAGCAAGACUCGUGGAACUACAAGAGGAAGAGAACUCUCUACAUCCGAUGGUUUUCGUUGAAGGAACCCUCGGAAGUAUAAGUGCAACUUCGAAAGAAGUAGAGAACAAAGAACCGUACACCUUCAUAAGUAUUGGAGCGGAGAUAGAGCCUCCACUGCUACCAGGAACCUCGGCGAAGCAAGUGGGAGUGGAUGUUCAAUUUCCGUGGGAGCUUUUUCCGCGACGGCUGCACGCGCGGGAUCUGCACCUACCUCCGUUUUACAUGGACAAGCAUUUGGUGACCAACGCUGAUUACGCCAACUACCUCCGGGACUCAGGGUAUUGGCCAAACGACGACACGAAUUUCCUGACUGAUUGGAACAUCCCGACCGCGACGAGAAAGGCAACAUCAGAUUGUCGCGUUGUAGGUGAAAGUACGACAGCAUCGACCACAGAGGGUUCAGGAGGACCUACUACUUCGGGGCCUCGAGCGUGUAAUGUAGCAUCUACCCAGCUAUCCAAUGCUACGCAACUUUCCACUGAACGCAUUGACGUAGCGGCGGCGGGGUCGGCAAACGAAAGCGCCUCAAAAGGGGAGAUUAAGAUCGAGCCGGCCAAUCGGAACCUAUUGCCGUAUCCAGUGACGCACGUCUCGUUCCGAGAGGCGCAUGAUUAUUGCGCCUUUUACGGAAAGCGCCUUCCAGAGGCGUAUGAAUGGCAGUAUGUGGCGCAAAAUGGUUCUUGGAAAAAUUUCUAUCCCUGGGCUUCUGUGCACACCAAGCAAUACGACGUUUCACAGGUGAUGCCAGAGGAAGAGUUAAACGCAGAAGGACUGGUUCCGCAGCGUUGGUCGAUCAAUGACGUCGGUGUGCUCGACGCUGCUGACGCCGCGACGUUUUCGCCCCAUGACGCCGCUGUGCCAGAGGACUCGUUAUUCUUCAGGGAAGAAGAACUUCUUCUGCAGCUAGAGUCUACUAAAGAAAAAAAUGAGAACGCUUUUGAGCGUGAUGAAAGUAAUAACAUGAACCCAACAGAAGAGACCAAGCCGAGUACUACACUUGAAGUAAAUUUGCUACAGCUAGCAGCAAAAGAACGGAAGCCAGAACAAGGGCCGCAUGAUCGUGCUGUGAUUCCGAUCGCACCCGCAGUAGAACAAUCAGAACAGGGAUUCACAGAUUUGAUUGGUAAUGUUUGGCAGUGGACUGCGAGUGAGUUUUCCGAUGAGCAUACACGAGCUACGAUUCUCGUUGGUUCUUCGCGGUAUCAAGCGCAUACUAUGCGGCGUCUGGAAAAAUUUGUAAGUGAGGAUUCCAGCCCUUCAAUUACAUCAUUUCCUAGUACAGAAACAGAUUCUUCUGCUUCUAGAGCAAGCGGCGAAAAAAUAGAUAGCACCAGUAGUACUAAGAGGACUUCUUCACCAGCGCCCCCGUUAGCAGACAAGAACUUGAUGAAUAUCGCGAGGGGCAACGUCGCUGAAGUACAGGAUGAGACGCAGCCGGUGCAAUUCGCUGAUGGGCAGAGACAAUUUGCGUAUGAUGUCGAUGGAAAAGAGAUCGUGGAUACUAUGGAAAGUCCGUCUGGCCGAAUUUUUUUCGCGCGACUUGGGGAUAAGAGUUUGCUGCGUGAGGCUGACGGAAUCAACUGGUAUUAUCGCGGUUUUCGAGAAGCUAUUGUGCAUCAAAAGUACUUUUUGAUGAGCGACAGCUUCGAGCGUGCGGGCAGCAUAGGUUUUCGUUGUGUCCGCGACGCUCUUUCGGAAUUAGAAAACGCGACGGCAGGAAGCUUUGUAUCUCCCUCCCCUUCCUCCUCUCCUGUAGAUAGAAUUACCAGAAGACACGUAGACGUGUCCCCGAAAGAAACAACAGAGGAAGCAGCAGAUACGGUAGGUAUCUUAGACCCGUUGAACACCAAAGUGUAUCCAGAAAAGUCUCCAUUGGGAAAGGCUCAGCGGAUGCUUGGGCCGCUUUUGCUAGGUGUGCAGCAAGAAAUGCAAAAUAACGCUGCUGCUAGUAGCGCCCCUACAGCUGCCAGAGGAGCAGGUGGACAAGCGAGGCAGCUCACAGGCAGUUCCGGUCUUGGAGCGCAGCAUAGUAUGGGGUAUCACGAAAAUAAAGCACCCGACAGGACCAGGAGUACGACGCAGAAUACGAAUCACGAGUUAGUUUUCUCUUAAAGAGUGAUAGUGAAGACUUAAUUGGUCUAGAUGAGUUGUUCUGGAUCUGGUGGUGGCAGUAACAGAAGUACUACAGCGCUUUGAUGAUUCCAUGUUAGCUUUUGCGAUUUUUUUUGAAGGCACUUAUCGGAAAUUUCUUGAAUGUAUGACGAAGAGCUCAAGAGCUUGCCGUAGCCAAAGGCAGCAGUCUAUCGAAGAGCCCCCCUUUCAGUAAUUGAUUGUUUUCGUUUAGUUACUGAACUCUAGAAAGAGAAAUCGAAGAUCGAUCCCAGGUUUCCAUGUUACAGCUUCACGUUUGCCUCUCACCACUUACUAGAAUUGCCAAAAUAUCUGAGGACAUUAUGGGGUAUCACGAAAUUUUGCUGCUCCGAUACUCACUUGUCAAGCGGCGAGAGUUCACGACGUGGCGCAUGGGUUAGGAACGCAGCAUUGGUUUAACACUGAUUCUAGUUCUUUCACAACACGUGAGAGAAUCUUUUGCUUUUCAUGAUGAGGAGAAUACGCGCCACGAUCACGAAGAAGAAACGCGAAAGACAUGAUGUAACUGAGAAAGCAUGAGCGAAGGAACUUUUUUCUGACAAGUGUAGUUGUGAUAGCUCUUAACUCAUUCGAUGUGUUUGCAGUGCUCUGUUUGUUGUCCG